AUGAGCGACAACGACGAUCAAGUUCCUGAGGUUGAGGUCGACUACAGCAAAUUCGACGAGGACAGCGUCCCAAUGGAAGAGCGGCCAAUUGAGAAGAAGCAUGAAGGUCGUCCGGAUCUUGACUAUGAUGAGACACCGGUUGGUCCGGCGCCAGAAGUCGCCGCCGAGUUGGAAGAAGAACAAGAAGAGAAGAAGAAUGAUUAA